GGCAGCCGAAGGCUAACACUCUGUAACAUCGCAGCAGCAACCCUGGGCAAGAAUAAGGCGCCUUGAAGCGGCACCCAAGCCAAGUACAGCAGCACCUUCGGGAACGGAAAGGAAGGGAAGUCCGCGAGCGACGUGCGUUGGAGGACCGAUUUUCUGGAGAGAGGCCCAAGCUUGUUCGACAAAGUUUAAAAAUACAACAUGCCGCCGAAGCAGCAGAAGGGCAAGAAGGCUGUCGCCACCAAGAAGAAGCAGCUGAUCGAGGACAAGACCUUCGGCCUCAAGAACAAGAACAAGAGCAAGUCCGUCCAGAAAUACAUCAGCACCGUGCAGAAGAGCGUCAAUUCGACGGAGCAGCAACGCGCUUCCGAUGCCGCCAAGAGCAAGAAGAUGGCUUCAAAGGAGGCGAAGAAAGCACAGGAGGCGGAGCUUGCGGCCUUGUUUGACGAGGCCCUCCUCACCGGAGUAAAGAAGGGUGGCACUGCUGGAAAGGGGAAGACUCCAGCGGUGGCCGUCGAAACGAAGGCCAAGCAGGCUCAGGAGACCUUCGUCAUCGAGGAGGGAGAGAAGACCUUGGAGGACAUGAUCGAGGAGCAGAGAACUAAGCUGCACAGGGAGGGCAAGCAGGGGACUCCCGUAAACCAGGAGACCUUGGCAAAGUGGAAGGCGGAUCGGAAGGCGAAAAAGCUUGCGGAAGAGCGCCGCAAGGUCCAGGCGGAGAUGAAGAAGAAGAACAAGGGCAAGGGGCUGUCCGUGCUCAGCGGUCGAGCCCUGUACGACUACGACGCCACUCUGUUCGAGGACGAUGCGGACGCUGUGGACAACGAUACGAUGAAGCAGCGCAAUGACGAGGACGACGAGGAGGACGGGCGACCAGAUGGCGAAGAGGAGAAGGAAGGCGCUGCGGGAGCAGCGGCAGCAGGAGGGGCAGCAGCGGGGGUAAAGGUGGAGGAGGCGUUGUUCGAAGGAGACGAUGAGGACUUGGAUGACUUGGAUGACGACGAGGGGGCGUGAGGCGGCCGGACCUUGUCUGGUCUGGUAGCACGACGUCUCCCCUUACCCCCUCCGGUGCUCGUCAGCUGGCGGAGCUUGUGCGUUAUAGAGUGGCUAGUUGUGUGCGUGCAAGCAAGGCCUCUUGUGCGGGCAAAACCUUUGUUUGUUUGUGUGCAUAGCGGUUAGAGACACGGAAACAUGCUCACGCAUUGGCGGGUUUGGAGGUAAUAUGUGUUUGUCGCCCCGCCUGUCGGAAGCGGCCGCGACGUGCACGGCAGUCGAGCUAUUUUGGAGGGUGCGUGGAAAGCCUCUGCCUCUGAUUGCUCCCGACGAGAAGUCCCGGAUCCUCAGCGUCAGGCGAAUGAAUGCCAUUUCUCUGGCAGCGUUGUGCGACAAUUAUCUCGUGGAUGUGUUUGGCACACAGACUGCGUGACGUUGCGUCGUGAGUGAUGGUACGUUUGGUGUUUGGCGUUUGGGGCUCUUGGUAGGGAUGGAGACCCUUGCGUGGUAUUCGUUUUCUCUUUGUUGUGCGUUUUCUGAUAUUUGUUUAUUUUGAGCGUUACGUUGGACCCCUUGGUAGCGAGGUUUGCGAACAGACGGAAUUAUUUGGCCAGAGAGCGCAUUCGUUUCGCAGCGUUAUCUGCGCAGACGCGAGGUGUGCCUCUUUGCGCUAGGGUUCGGACGUUGGGGCUGCUCGCUGAGUGUGCGGCAUAACAGAGUUUCCUAACACCUGUCUUUUUGGGAUGUAAAAGUUACCUUUCGAGUGUUACGGCGAGACUCGGGACGCAUGUGCGAGGGUAUCCAAUGUGACAGGGCACCUUUUAUUUUGUUCCCUCAUCCCCCGCUCUUCUUAUGUCCCUUUUCUGCUCUGCUGGUGAAGUGCAAGACCCAAGUUGCCCAGGACUAUGCAUACGUGUUGAAGCAGUAGUUUUUCGUGCGGUGCAGCUUCCAUUGCGAGAGAAGUGAGAGCGGUACCAAAUGUUGGUUCAACACGAUCUUGGUCAUGUCAAGAUCGCCCGGGGCGCCUUCCUCGCAAGAGUGUGUAACUCCGUACCUCGUCGAGUUUCCGUCAGUUAAAAAAAAAAAUACCGGUUCUAAGUCCAUUUCCGGCAGAAGAAUCCAUUUCCGGCAUUGACAAAAAAAAACAAAAAAAUCCAACAAUUUCGCGCCGCUUUUGGACGAAAAUAAAUGCGGCGGGAUUCAUUUCACAGGGAAGAUCAACUCGGAGCGACUCGUUCACCCCGGCAAUCGACUCCGCUUGGUCGAAUUACCCACAAAGAAACUUGCUGCAGGGUCUCCCGACCCCACGUCGACGAGGUACUGCUCAUUCCCUUCCCGUCGCCUGGACGAUGGCGGCUGAUGCCACCAUGCUGAGGCGCGGUAUCAAAAUUGCGGGAGAAGCGAGGGUGUCAAGCACAGCUGGCGCCCGCACGCCAGGGGCUAUCACCUGACCUCCACGCUGCUGAGGAAGGGCACUGAAGCUGCGGCUACCAAGGCAAUAGGCUCUGUGGUGAAUAACCUCGAGGACGUUGUACAUAUGGCUCGAGGGCAUGUUGAUGACCUUCAAGAACGGUCUGUCGCAAGAAGAAACCGGAAGGAGCCGCCACCAGAUCUGCUGCCGCUGCUGCGGUGGCUGCAGCUGCUGCCGAACGAGGUCGAAGGUUAGGAGUCGAUGCACGUCUCGCUCGCUCGGAUCCGCUUGAGGCGCUUCUUUCAGCGGACCGAGGAGGAGCCCACAACCCACGACGACUCCUCCACGACAACGGCAAACGGCUAUCGACCGGCACCACGACGGGGUGAAGCAGAGCGUGUUAGAGGAUGAUGUGUUGAAGGAGGAGCUGAGGGAGUUGUGUGUCGGAGAACUUUGAGAGGCAGCGGCGACGAAGACUGCUGUCGAUGCGGAGAACAUUCGCGCACUGGUCGCCUCUGUAGAGACGCUGAAGCUACACUCCCACAGCAACAUCGGCCGCGCCGCCUACAACACCAUCAUUGCCGCAGCUGCUGGAGCGGAGCACACGUGCGAUCCUGAUGACCCUUGCACCCCGGAUGAGCCGUGCGCACCUGCUGAGCCGCAUGGUGCCGUCAGCCUUACCGCGCGAGCACAGAGUCUCGGUGUGAGAGAUGCC